AUGCAACAAAAUUUUCUACUACAUCUUACUUAUUAUUUUCCAAAACUAUCACCGUAGGGUAUCAUCUUGUUCAAUUUCAUUGUCACCUUGUGUUGAACACAUUCCACCUGUACUUGUUCUCCAACUUUCUAGACUUCUCCCCAUCAGAUUCCAUUCCAAAAUCUUCUCUUCCUUAAAUGGUUUCCACUAUGUUUUCUCUUCAGUUCAUAGCAUUCUUGAUCAACCCCAUAUGGCAACAGCUCUUUGUGCUGCUACAUCUUCUUCCUCUUGCUCUUCUUCUUGGUCACUCACAAACAGAAAAUCCCAACACCCACUCUCCUUUUCCCUAUAUUCUACUUAUUACAACCCAAAGAGAUUGAAUCUUUACGUUCCUUAUAAAAAGAGGUUGAAUUUUCAUGUUAAAGCUGAGGAAAAAGAUGAUCAACCCUCAUCUUCCUCUCCAUCUGUGGCUGUAGCUUCUGAAGAAAAUGAUUCUUCAAAGAAUGAUGUGCAUGUCCAAGAGGGUCAGAGUAGUGUUCAUGAGCAUGAGUCUGAGAGGAUAGAGAGGGAGAAACAACAAGAAAUGGAUUGGAAAACUGAUGAGGAAUUCAAGAAGUUUAUGGGGAAUCCAUCAAUUGAGGCUGCUAUAAAGCUUGAGAAAAAGAGAGCUGAUAGGAAGCUCAAAGAGCUUAAUAGUGAAACCAGUAGCAACCCACUUGUUGGUUUUUUUAGAAAUUUGGUUCGUGAUAGUUUGUCCAAAGAAAAGGAGAGGUUGGAAAAGGCAGAGGAGGCUUAUGUAGCUCUUGAUCUUAACAAGCUAAGGAAUUGCUUUGGCUUUGAUACGUUCUUCGCAACUGAUGUGAGGAGAUUUGGGGAUGGAGGAAUUUUCAUUGGUAACUUGAGAAGGCCUAUUGAUGAAGUAAUACCCAAAUUGGAAAAGAAGUUAUCAGAGGCUGCUGGAAGGGAGGUCGUCUUGUGGUUCAUGGAGGAAAAGACGAAUGAUAUUGCAAAGCAGGCUUGUGUGGUACAACCGAAGUCAGAGAUGGAUCUUGAAUUUGAAUCAACCAAAUUAAGUACACCUUGGGGUUACAUCAGUGCUGUAGCUUUGGCCGCAACUACUUUGGGCACUAUAACUUUGACCAGUGGUUUCUUUCUUAAGCCUGAUGCUACGAUUGAUGAUUUCUUGACCAACAUUGCACCUCUUUUUGGUGGCUUCUUGACCAUUUUGGGAGUUUCAGAGAUAACCACAAGAGUAACUGCUGCCCGCUAUGGUGUCAAACUUAGUCCAUCUUUUCUUGUUCCAUCCAAUUGGACUGGGUGUCUCGGUGUCAUGAAUAACUAUGAGUCCCUGCUACCAAAUAAAAAGGCUCUAUUUGAUAUUCCAGUUGCUCGUACAGCAAGUGCAUACUUGACAUCGCUAAUACUUGCAGUUGCUGCUUUUGUGGCUGAUGGAAGCUUUAAUGGAGGCGACAAUGCACUGUACAUAAGACCUCAGUUCUUUUAUAAUAAUCCUUUGUUCUCCUUCAUUCAAUAUGUUGUUGGGCCAUAUACUGAUGAUCUUGGGAAUGUGUUGCCUUAUGCUGUUGAAGGCGUGGGAGUUCCUGUUGAUCCCCUUGCUUUUGCUGGGCUUUUAGGAAUGGUUGUUACCUCUUUAAACCUCUUGCCAUGUGGAAGACUAGAAGGCGGGCGCAUUGCACAAGCUAUGUUUGGCAGGAGCACUGCUGCAUUGUUAUCUUUCGCGACUUCCCUUUUGCUAGGAAUAGGCGGUCUAAGUGGAAGCGUGCUAUGUCUGGCUUGGGGACUCUUUGCAACCUUCUUCCGCGGUGGAGAGGAAGUCCCUGCACAAGAUGAGAUCACUCCCCUUGGAAAUGAGAGGUUUGCAUGGGGUUGUGUACUCUUCUUGAUGUGUUUCCUAACCCUUUUCCCCAACAUUGGUGGCACAUUCUCCAGUUCAUUUUUCGGUGCUCCAUACUUCCGCGGUGAUCUGUAAUUAUGAAUUAGUGUAUACUUAUAGCAAAUGUAUUGUAAAGUGCCAAUUUUCAUUUUUGUUGUUAAUAUUAGGUGUUCUUUCUCUCUAAUAUAUUGAAUGAAUAGAUGCAACCCUUAUGCAUUUGAGUGAAAUUCAAUGGAAUUAUGUGCCUUCAAUA